AUGAUGCCAAUGCCCCUCAAAGGUAUUGCUACAACGGACUCGCAUUAUGAAAACGCGAUCAAGUGUCUCAAUUCCAGACGGACUCCUGCGCAGCCGCUGCUAGGGCAAAUGAAAGGCUCGGAUGAUAUGAGCAAGUGGUUAGAAUUACUUACUUAUUCUCAACGCCAUCUGGGUACAUUGAACGUCAUCCAUGUAGCAGGCACCAAUGGGAAAGGAAGCACCUGCGCAUAUAUCUCGUCCAUACUCCAGAGUUUUGGGUGCAAGGUCGGACUCUAUACCUCGCCGCAUCUUCGGAAGAACACUGAUAUGGACAUUCCCCGAUACCUCCAGCUGUUGACCCUUCUCUCGUUCCAUGUCUUUCUCAAAGAACAGGUUGACGUCGCAAUCUAUGAGCCACAUAUGGGUGGCGAGUUCGAUGCAACGAAUAUUGUCUCUUCACCCGUCGUGACUGUGGUCACUCGAAUAGCAGAAGACCAUGUCAAGUUCCUCGGGCUCACUAUUGCAGACAUUGCUUGUCAUAAGGCAGGAAUCUUUAUGUCCGGUUGUCCGGCUUUCUCAGUGCCCCAAGAGGAAGAAGUUGUUCGGGUUUUCGUACAACGUGCAGAGGAAAAAGAAUAUGUGACGCUUUCAUUUGUUGAGCCUGAUUCAUCACUGGAUGUGUCAAGAUAUCAGAUGGAAAAUUGCUCGCUUGCUAGAGCAGUAGCGCUGGAGUGGAUGUCCUGCAGGAAACCCGAUAAAUUGACUAACCUGACUGAGCCUAUGCAGGAUAUCAUUGACCGUGGUAUUCGUAGACUUGACUGGCUUGGUCGUUACCAGCUGAUAGAAGAAAGGAGAUAA